AUGUCAAUUGGUAUACCAUUACUUGUGUUUUUGGUAAUUGUCGGACAAUCCAUGAGUGGCAGAGUUGAGCUACAAAUAAAAGGCAUACAUAACGGCAGAUCAACUGGUCAUAGGUUUCGUGACAAUGACUUUAUAGAUAUAAUAGUUGAGUAUAACCGAACUGAGCCGGGUCAUCAAUUCUAUUAUCUGGCAGUUUAUAAAGAAAACGACUAUUUCUAUCGUAGAUUCAAAGAUGGUGGAUAUCAAAUCUAUUGGGAACAUGGAUUACGAGGUGCUCAUCCAAUGGAAACAGGAGACACAUUGGUUCACAUACAGGUGCCCAAUGCUACUAAAGAGGCAGCCGGUAAAUAUUGGGCUGCAAUCAAUUAUUUAGAGUCAGGUUAUCAAAUUAAAACCCGACCCAUUAAACUAGUUCAUUAUGGUUGA